UAUAUGCUAUUAUAAUUCACUAUUGAUUUCAUAUGCUUAUUGGAAGAAAUAUGAAGGAAAAAUCAGUAGAGAAAUUUUUCAUGUUGCCAUUCUAUUUAGGGUGUAAUUCUGAGUCAAGUGUUGGAGUGACCAACCAACUUGUGGAAACAAAGAAUUCAUCACAAAUAACAAAAAGACAAGAAGGAGAAGAGAGCUCAUCAAAUGUAAAAAUAAAGAGCUUUUGGGGAUUUUGGGCCAACACAAGACCUAGAUUUUCACAAAAUGUCCAAAGAUUAAAAAGGCAUUUCAAAGGUUUCUCACAAUUAUUUGCGCGAAAAGAAGAGGUAGAGGUCGAGGAAGCGGAGAUAGAAAUAGGAUAUCCAACAGAUGUGAAACAUUUAACACAUAUAGGAUGGGAUGGAUCAACAACAAUAAAUCCAAUUAAAGGAUGGGAAAAUUUAAAUCCUCCUGAAAUUAUUUCUUUUCCAUCAAUUUCUAUUAAACAAUUUGAACUUGCUAUGGCUGCUCAAGCUGGUGAAUCUAUACAUGUUAAUAAUUGUGAUUGAUUUUUUUUGAAAAAAAAAAUAUAUUGUUUGUAAUUUUUCUCUUGUU